AUGGACUAUUCCUUACUGCUAGGAAUAUCCUACGCUAGUUGUUCACAAGAUCCCAACAUAUGCCAGGACGGCAUGUUGCAGGUUGACGAUGAUGUUCGCGUGCUGCAUUCGAUGGCACCGAGCUCUGUUUCUUCAAUGAUUGGGAUGGGCGACUGCGACCUCGAACGGCCUUUUUGGAGCAGGGACCUCGGCGGCAUGCAGAGCACUGACCGCACUAAGUUGUAUUACGUCGGAAUCAUCGACAUCCUGACCCAUUGGACGGCUAAAAAGAAAAUCGAGCAUGUUGCUCGUGUUCUGCAGACAGGAAGCACAGCAGGAGCUUCCUGUGUCAACCCUUCCCUCUAUGCCCAGCGUUUUGUUGACUUCAUCUCCAACCACACUGUUUGA